AUGGCGUUUAAGGUUCUAUUGGGAUGGGUCAAGAGAGUAAAUAAGGAGGGAAUCUUGCACUGGAAAGAUGAAGAUGGUAACAUUGUCUUCCACAUUGCUGCAUCGAUAAAUCAGACUGAGUUCAUGAGGUUGCUGCCUAAAACCGCUAAAAAUAAAGCCAAGAACUUGGAUGGCAAAACCGCGAUGGACAUACUUCGAACUCACCAGUCUCCUCGUUUCCCUAAAGCAAGAAGAUUUUUCCACAAUGUUAGAGAAAGACUACCUUGUCGUUCCACAAUGACUCUUGCGGGAUAUUUGAGUAAAAAUUUAUCCUUUAUUGAGAAACGUAACAAUCUCUUGGGGCUAAGCAAUUUGUGCAUGACAGGAGACAUGUCUAUAAACAGUAGCAACCGUCGGGAUGCAAUACUUGUGGUGACUAUACUGAUAGUAACAGCUACAUACCAGGCUGGUCUCAGUCCUCCCGGCGGAUUUUGA